AUGGACCGAAGCGAAGCCGAGAAAGGGCGGGAUGUCAUCGAAGCGCGCAGUGCAGCUCCGAGUCAAGACGUUGGCCACGGAAGUUUGUCAGAGAAAUAUGAGGUCGACACCCUCCACAAUGACGAGGCCAUGAAGGUGCUGGCCACGUACCAAGGCAACCCGGCUUGGGACACCCAGGAGGAAAAGAAGGUCAGGAUCAAGAUCGACAGGCGGCUGCUGCCAAUUCUGGCCGUUACGUAUGGUCUUCAAUAUUACGACAAGACGAUGAUUGGGCAGGCGGCACUCUUCGGGCUUCGAACUGAUCUUGGCCUGACGACGGGGAAUCGAUACUCUAUGUCAUCGGCCAUCUUCUAUCUAGGCUUCGUCGGCGGAUCGUAUCCAGCUGCUCAAUUAGCCCAGCGAUUCCCCAUCGAGAGAGUUGCUGGCGGGCUGGUCCUUCUCUGGGGCAUCUGCUUCGUCUUGACAGCUGCGUGUUUCAGCUGGCAGACGUUCUACGUCCAGCGGUUCUUUCUGGGUUUCUUGGAAGCUGGAGUGAGCCCAAUCUUCAUGCUCGUGGUGGGCCAAUUCUACAAAAAGAACGAGCAAUCCUUCAGGAUGGGUGUUUGGUACGCUGCAUCAGGCUUCAUAACGCUCGUGUCUCCUCUGGUAAACUACGGUCUUGGUCAUAUCCAAGGUUCGCUAUCUCCUUGGAGAUAUAUGUACAUUGUGGGCGGACUAAUCACAGUCCUAUGGUCUGUUGUCAUCUACUUCUUUAUGCCACCUGAUCCGAUUCGCGCCAAAGGUUUCGACGAGCGUGAGAGAUAUAUCGCCGUUGCUCGCCUUCGAACCAACAACAGUGGAGUGCGCAACACACACUUCAAAAUCCAACAUGUCCUGGAACUGUUUCUUGAUGAGAAGUUCUGGCUUAUAUUUGCUCAAGCAUACUUGAGCAUGAUUGCUUCAGGACCGGUCAACACAUUUAUGCCUAUUAUCAUUUCUGGAUUUGGCUUCAACACCCUCAACAGUCUACUGCUAAACAUCCCUGCCGGAGCCGCUGGCGCCAUACUCAUCCUCGGGGCGACGUACACAAGCUACAAAUUCCGUAACAUGAGGACAAUUGCAAUUUUUGUCGCUGAGCUCUUUGUUAUCAUGGCCUCGGUGCUUUUGUGGAAGCUCCCUCGGGAUUCAAAAGGCGGCCUCCUCUUCGCGGUGUACAUGAUGACAGCAUACAGUGCUGGAUGGGGUGUCAUUAUGGGAUUGUCAAUUGCCAACUCGGCUGGGUAUACCAAGCGAGUUGUAAGCUCAAGCGCUAUUCAUGUCGGCUACUGUCUUGGCCAAUUUACGGCACCUCUUUUGUUCAAGCCUAAAGAUGCUCCGGAGUAUGCUCCAGGUUUCAUCGCAGUUCUUGUAACUGCCGCGGCAUCAGCAGGUCUAAACCUACUCUACCGUUUCGUCUGUGUCUGGCAAAACAAACGGCGAGAUCGUGCCGGCAUUCUCGAGGCCUUUGAUCACGCUUACGAAGAUGAUGUGACUGAUAAAAAGGUAUGCGUAUAG